AUGCAGGAAGGUUUUCGGUACCACCACGCUGAGCCAACUUACCUAAUGCUAGUUUACUGGAUUCCCGAAGCUACGAUCAGCACUAUUCCUUUGAAUGCUUCUCAUCGGGUUCGUGUUGGUGCUGUUGUCUUGAACCAUAACAAAGAGAUUCUUGUUGUGCAGGAAAAAUACGGCACAUUACGCGGAUCAGGUGUCUGGAAAAUCCCUACAGGAGUUGUUGAUGAGGGUGAAGAGAUUUUUGCUGCAGCUAUUAGAGAAGUUAAAGAAGAAACAGGAAUCGACACAGAGUUCUUGGAGAUUCUAGCUUUCUGUCAAACCCACGAGUCAUUUUUUGCCAAGUCGGAUUUAUUCUUCAUUUGUCUGUUGCGGCCUACCUCCUUUGAUAUUCAGAAGCAGGACUUAGAGAUCGAAGCAGCUCAAUGGAUGCAGUUUGAAGACUCUGCCUCUCAGCCAAUCAGACACAAGAAUGAACUCUUCGAAGUGAUUCAUCGCAUUUGCUCAAUGAAAAUGGAAAAGAGCUACACUGGGUUUUCUACAAAACCCAUUACAUCUUUCUUUGACGACAAGUUAGGUUAUCUCUACUUGAAUAAACAAGAUAUGAACAAUCCUAUUUCUUAA